AAGACGCCGCCCAAAACGGAAUCUCCAGUUUAGGGCAGGUCAAAUGGCAUGACCGUCAUAUCCGAGUCGACAUUCAGAUCUGAACCGAUGAAGGACCGAAAUAUUUCAAGCAAAAACAGGCGAUACUUGGAACUGGGCACAGGGUAUCCUCACCCCCCUCCGUCCAAGGUUUCACCAACUCGACUACGAUUCGAUCAUGACUCUGUCUUCUGAAACGUCUCAAAGUGUCCAAAACAAACCGGCUAUUUGCCGAUUAAAAUAAAUACGUACCAACAUCCCAACAUCUCUCUUACUUACAUACAAUGUCCCCAACUGCUACCCAACUCAAAGACGAGGGAAACAAACUGUUUUCCCAAAGGAACUUUUCAGGUGCUAUCCUAAAGUACGCUGAAGCAAUCGUGGCAGAUGAAAAUAAUGCUGUCUUGUACGCGAAUCGAGCGGCGUGCUAUUUGAAUACAAAAGAAUAUCUCAACGCGGUCAGCGAUGCCAAACAAGCCAUCACCAUCGACCCAAAAUAUGCAAAAGCCUAUGCUCGGCUUGCGACUGCUCAUGACAUGCUUUCGGAGUAUUGGCAAAGCGUUGAAGAUUGGCAAAAAGCGCUAGACGCCCUUCCCACAGAGAAUCCAACCGACGCUGAAAUCAAGCAGCGUGAGCAGUACCAGGCUGGUCUCAAAACUUCCCAGGCUGCUUUGGAAAAGUUAAUGGCUCAACCGGAUCGACACUUUGCGUUGCCAGCGCGUGAAACCUCUCAACUUCCUUGGGUCGCCGCGGAGGCACUCCUCCCACGGUUGGCUGUAGAAGGAAACUAUAAUAGCAGUGCUUGGAUCAUUUGUACUGCUGCAAAGGAAUUUAUCGAUGGUGUUAACAAGAUGAAGACCACGACGAAAGUUGGCGCAGCCUUAGUGGGACACUUGGGUGUCAUUGCUUCUAUCAGUAAUGCCGUCCUCGCAGAUAAUAGAGCAUUUCAUAUUUCAGACCCCCGGUUUGUAUCCAUGUAUAACCUGCAAGUACAACAUGAAGCGACAAAUCACGGAGCAUGGACUGAUGCAGGACCCGCUCAGAUUAAAAAAGAAGUGCAUGCGCGGUUGCAGACAGGUGGAUGGAACAGUGUCCGUCCUGCAAUCAGCGUCUCAAUCCGCUGCCUGAUUAUGAGAGCAUUCUUGGAAGGCAGCCUUAGAGGUCUUCAUAAUCUCGAGCUAGAAUUCCUAACCACCGUUCUUGAGAUCUUAGAAUGGGGUCGUGAGGUCUUCCGUGAUGUUCCCAGGGAGGAACGCGGCACAGUGUUUGAUCUGACCUUUGUGCGCGGGGUUCGGAACAUGCAUCUUCACGCACUAAUGGAGACGUACGCUACAAACCCUUCUGGUAACGAACAAUACCUGGAAGAACUGUUGAAACGAGCCAAUGAUCUCAUACGCGAAGUUGAUGAAAAUCCGCCUCCUGAAUCACUGCGAACUACCAAUCCAGGAUUCAAGCUUGCAUACUAUGAUUAUUGUAAAGGACAUGCCCUCGCGAUGAAAGGAUUCUAUUACAAUAAAGUCGGAAACUCCCUCGCUUCCAAGGAUAGGAGCAAAGGAAUUCAAGCGUAUAGCGCCGCUGGGCACGCCUAUCUUGCCGCGGCGGAAUGCUUCCCACCUGACGACGAGUGCUACAGCUGGUUCUUGCAUUGCGCCAUUCAGGCUAUGUGGGGAUGCGGUACUCCCGUUUGUGUUCAACUGGAAGCGAUGGAGAAGCUGCGGAAAUCGCUCCCUGAGAUGAAAAAAAUCUGGUCAUGCUCUCAGAUGAGUAAGGGCGGGACCAUUGAGCUUUGCGAAAGCAUGAUAAAGACGGAGACGAGCCUCCGAGAUAUGGUUGCUAAAGGAGAGGUAUCAUUGGAUGAUUGCGUUAGUCCUCAGGAACUCUAGAACGAGGCAUACACCAAAAAAAGGUUGUUCAUCAAUCUAUAAUUGUAUAAUAACAUUUUGUCUAGUAGUUUAGUGUACAUGCACGCGUUUUGUGCUUUUCUUGUAUAUAUAUGUACGUAUUCAUGAUCAUGAUAUAGUUUCCGACAUUGACCGUUGAACA